GCAGCGGGAUGAGCUCGGCGUGGCGCUGAGGGAGCCUGGUUUCGUGUCUGUGGAUGUGUCUGUGCUGCCGGCGGAGACAUGCGGAGCGCUGUGGCCGAGUCCGUGCUGGCGGUGUGUCUGUGGGCGGAGUACGUCGAAGCCAAAAAGUACUGCUGGUAUUUUGAGGGUGGAUACCCUACUUACUUCAUAUGUCGUUCAUAUGAGGACUGCUGUGGAACUCGCUGCUGUGUGAGAGCCCUGUCUAUCCAGAGACUAUGGUACUUCUGGAUGCUGUUGAUGAUGGGAGUAUUGUUUUGCUGCGGUGCUGGAUUCUUCCUCCGUAGAAGGAUGUAUCCAUCUCCUAUGAGAGACGAAUCAGCUUUCAACGUCAUCUUCACCAGACAGCCUGUCACAUCACCAGUUUCCCAGCAGCCAGGAAGCAUGCAGGGCUUUGGAAUGAACGGGACAGCGAGUAUCGAUCAGGGCAUCGCCAUGAUGCACCCUGUGUAUCCAGCACAGCCUGGCUCCGCCCACAUGAUGAUGACCUCUUAUCCUCCUCCGCCAUCUUACUGUAAUCAUCCUCCUCCACCCUAUGAACAAAUAUUUCAAAACAGUGACAAGAAGUAACAUGUCCAAGUUGAAUGAAGGACGAUAACAAGAAGAGCAGGUGGGCAGAACAGAAAGAAGGACAA